GAGUCACCCGUGAAACAUUAAAAUGCUGAUGUGGUCAUUAGGUACUCCAUGCAAGCUUGUGGGCCAUCGCAUUGUUAUUAAGGGCAACAUCACCCCUGAUAAAUUUCUCGCGUUAUUCAACCAUUCUGUCAAAGGUUUGUAUCUAUUUUGGGCAUUAUUUUGAGCAAGGUGUAAGAGUCUUGGGAGUGGGAACUCGUCCUCGCCCUCGCCAUCGAUCGCCGCUUCCACCGCAGCCGCGAUCGGCCGCCGCCCCACUAUUUCUCAUCCCUCCGCGGCCUUCGCCGCCGGGCCCGGACUUGAAGAGCGCGUAACCACUGCGUUAACCUCCGGAAUACGAAUUGAAGCCCCCUCGUCCCCGACACGGAGAAGUAACCCUAGCCUGAAAGAUAGAUGGCAAUCGCGAGGACCGGGGUCUUCGUCGACGAUUAUUUGGAAUAUUCGAGCACGUUGGCGGCAGAGCUCCAGAGGCUACUGUCCACCAUGAGAGAACUCGACGAACGAGCUCAUGGUAUUAUAAACCAGACAAAAGAACAGACAAGGUAUUGUUUAGGAAUGCCUUCUCACUACUCGAAGAAGGUAAUCCAUGAAGAUGAUGAGGCAGAAUUCGAGAAGAUGAAAAAAGAGAUCGAAGCUAGCCAGGAAAAUGCAUUGAGCCUGUGCACAGAGAAAGUUUUGCUAGCCCAACAAGCUUAUGAACUG